GCCGUCAUCAUUUACCAGCAUCAACAUGAGAGCUAUUGCAUUGCUGUGUAUGCUGCAUGCAGGUUUUGGUCAAAGUCAAUUUAUUUGGGGGUCUGCAACAAAUACAAAUGUGCAUUUAAAGGAUCCGGCAUCAUGUGGGUGCUGUCUGAUGGAGAGGCAGAUGCAGAGGAUGGAAGAGUUCUUUAACGAAUACCACGAAGAAUUGAACGAGGUUCUGACAAUAUCAAAGACGGCUCUCAACCAGAUGGAAGCCACCCGCAGCGCCUUCUCUGUUGCGCUCAACAAUGACGCCGGUUUUAAUUGUUUUGGCCCCUUCAAUGUCAGCACCCUUGUCGUCUACAAACAUAUCUUCCUUAACCUGGGUGAUGCUUACAACACCGGUAUCUUCACCGCUCCACGCUCUGGUGUCUACAGCCUCGCCCUCACCGUCUACAGUAACAUUACUUCUCGUCCUAAUUCCAGCUGCACCGUUAUGCAGGUUAACGGCCAGCCGGUGGCUGAAUUGCCCCGACAAAAAGGCAAGGACCUUGAAGACAGUGCCACUGUUGUUGUGACUGUGGAACUGAAGGCUGGGGACAAGGUUGGGGUUAACCUGCCCCCUGGAUGUUUCAUCUGCGAUAACAACAGCCACUUUAACACUUUCACUGGCUUCCUGCUGUAUCCCUCUGAUUAA